CCACCUCGUACAAAACUGCAUCUCCACAGAGAAGAAACUGAGGAAGAAGGAAGAAGAAAAUGGAGAGAAUGAGAUUUUCAGUACUCUUCCUACUCUGCUGUCUUCUCACAUGCAAAUCAGCAAAUGCAUUGGAGAAGAAGACAUACAUCGUCCACACGUCCAAAUCCUCAAUGCCAUCGAGAUUCACUCAACCCCAGCUCUGGUACGACUCGUCCUUGAACUCAGUCUCCGAUUCGGCCAAGAUCAUCUACACCUACGAAACCAUCAUCCACGGCUUCUCCGCUCGGCUCACUGAGGAAGAAGCCCGAGCACUUGAAACCCAAGAAGGGAUCCUCUCCGUCCUUCCAGAGCUAAGAUACGAGCUCCACACGACUCGUACGCCCGAGUUCCUAGGUCUAGACAACUCGGCCGCGUUCCAGCCGGAGUCCGACUCGGACGCCGAUAUCGUGAUCGGCGUCCUUGACACGGGCGUCUGGCCCGAGAGCAAGAGCUUCGACGACACCGGGCUCGGGCCCGUCCCGCCUGGCUGGAAAGGCGAGUGCGAGGAAGGGACGAACUUCAAGCCGGCUACGAGCUGCAAUCGGAAGCUGAUCGGCGCGAGGUUCUUCGCGAGGGGAUACGAAGCGAACUUCGGCCCGGUCGAUCAAUCCAAGGAGUCUAGAUCGCCGCGGGACGAUGACGGGCACGGGACCCACACCGCCACGACGGCAGCCGGCGCAGCCGUGUCCGACGCCAGCCUCUUUGGCUACGCGGUCGGCACGGCUCGCGGGAUGGCGGCUAGGGCACGCGUCGCGGCGUACAAGGUCUGUUGGAUGGGCGGAUGCUUUAGCUCCGACAUACUGGCGGCGAUGGAGACAGCGAUCGGCGACGGAGUAGACGUCAUGUCGCUCUCGCUCGGCGGGAGCAAUGCCGAUUAUUACAGGGACAGCGUCGCGAUCGGCGCGUUCUCGGCGAUGCAGAGAGGGAUCUUCGUCUCCUGCUCGGCGGGCAAUGCCGGACCCAACCAGUAUACUCUCUCCAAUGUCGCUCCGUGGAUCACCACCGUCGGUGCCGGGACGUUGGACCGUGACUUCCCGGCGUACGUUAGACUGGGGAAUGGGAAGAAUUUCUCUGGCGCGUCGCUUUACAGCGGGAAGCCCCUUCCGGAGAAAUCUCUGCCGUUGAUCUAUGCAGGUAACGCGACGAAUAUGACGAGCGGGAAUCUGUGCAUGGUAGGGACGUUGAUUCCGGAUAAAGUGGCCGGAAAGAUCGUGUUAUGUGAGCGUGGGAUCAAUCCAAGGGUCCAAAAGGGAUACGCGGUGAGAGACGCCGGUGGAUUUGGCAUGAUCCUGGCCAAUACGGCGGCGAACAAGGAAGAACUGGUGGCUGACGCGCACCUGCUGCCGGCCACGGGGGUUGGCCAACGGACCGGCGACGUGAUCAAGGAUUACAUCUUCACCGACUCCAAUCCGACGGCCACGAUCCUCUUUGGGGGCACCAAGGUCGGGAUCCAACCAUCGCCGAUCGUAUCCGCAUUCUCCUCCCGCGGACCCAACGCAAUCACGCCGCAGAUCCUCAAGCCCGAUCUGAUCGCUCCCGGCGUCAACAUCCUUGCCGGCUGGUCCGGGAACGUGGGCCCCACCGGGCUGCCCGUGGACAGCAGACGUGUACCGUUCAACAUCAUUUCCGGUACAUCGAUGUCGUGCCCGCACGUGAGCGGGCUCGCCGCUCUCAUCAAAGGCGCUCACCCAAGGUGGAGCCCAGCUGCCGUACGCUCCGCCCUCAUGACCACUGCCUACACAGUCUACAAAAAUGGCCAGAUGCUACAGGAUGUAGCAACUGGAAAACCAUCCACACCGUUCGAUCACGGAGCAGGCCACGUGGACCCACCAAAAGCCCUUGAUCCUGGCCUGAUUUAUGACAUCUCUACUACCGAUUACCUUAAUUUCCUUUGUGCCUUAAACUACACCCAUGCGCAAAUUAGCUCACUGUCCAAAACUAACUUCACCUGUAAUGAUGAUGAGAAAUACCUCGUCGCCGAUCUCAAUUACCCGUCUUUCGCCGUUCCGUUUACCAAUGCCGGCGAUGGAGUGAGUACAUUGAAGUACCGGCGGACUCUGACGAAUGUCGGAGCGCCGGCGACGUAUAAGGUUUCAGUGGUUCCGCCUUCAGAGUCUGUUAAGAUAGUGGUAGAACCUGAAGAAUUGAGUUUCAGUGAGGAGAAUGAGAAGAAGGUCUAUACGGUGAGCUUCUCUUCGGUGCAAUCCGUGUCGCUGGGUACGAGCUUUGCACGCCUUGAAUGGUCAGAUGGUAAGCAUGUUGUCCGGAGCCCGAUCGCCAUUUCUUGGACGUAGAUGACAUUAAGAACGUGAAUGAAAUGUAAUUGCUUUGUUUUUCCUAUGUUUUGGUAGAGAAUUCCUUCGACAAUUGAAGGUUUUUCAA